AUGGAUAAUUUGGAGGUUUUCGCAAGGCAGAUAGAAGCCAGCGUCAAACCGGAGUGGCAGCAAAUUCCGGACCCAAACAGCGCCGAUUGGCAGAAGUCGUUCGACAGUGCCGUAGAUGCGUAUUUGAAGGGCGAAGGAGCCACUUGUGAUUAUUACAAGGAUAUCACACCGGAGGCGCCUGAGCUGCCGCAUGCCAACCUCGAAGACACCACUGCGGAGGAACGCUUCGCGCUCGCUUGUCGUAUUCACGCCAUGAUGGAAGGUCUAUGGCUGGUUGGUAGACGCAAGAUAGAGGCUAUCGAGCAGUGCGCCCGGAGCACCCCCCUCAAACUGGAUGAGGUCGUGUCUUACGCGCUUCGACUGCGAGGGACCACCUACUCGCCACCAGAAAACAUCAAUGUGCACGAUCCAACGCAGCAUUACGACAUGUUCCCGAAGUAUCACUUCCUCGGUAUACCCGAUGUGACCCAGAUGCAUGCGUCACGCCUAUUUGCACUCAGCCGACUGGCUCAGCAGUCGUCAGCACCCCGCGUUAUUUUCGAACAGUUGGGGGAGGAUAUGCAUCGCAUGAGGCUGGAGUGUGCCACGACAGGAGCAAAAGUGCACUACCAAACACAACGCGUUAACGCGCAGCAGAUCAAUCCGCAAACGGGCCAACCUGCGGUAUACACCACUGCCCCAGCCAUAUAUGACCCUUCGAAAAAGUUUCACUUCAAGACUAUUUGUAAUCCCUUUGUCGUUUUCGCUUGGUCCACUUGUGAGGGGCUGCGCCCGUCAGAGAUGGUUAAAGCGGAGUAUGUUCCGCCCUCAGCGUCGAAGCAGGGGGCCGAGGCCGCAUCCAAAAAGAGUUUUGGAUUCUUUCUUGGCAGAGAACUGAAGUCCUGA